AUGUUCAGUUUGGCCAAAAUCGUAAGUGUAGCCUUAUUGGCAGUGCAAAUCAAUGGUGAUCUUGCCCCUAACCCCGAUUUAGAUACUUUAGAUAUCUCCCUUACUCAAGGUGUGGCCACUCAUCCUGUUCAUUCUCAUAAUACUUAUGACAAUGGAGGUAUGGUAAAGGCAUUAGAAAAUGGAUGUAUUAGUAUGGAAGCUGAUGUAUGGUUUCAAUCUAAUGAAUUAUAUAUUGCCCAUACUACAGGAGAGAUCGAUACUACCAAAACCUUAGACACCAUGUAUUUAGAUGGUCUUUUCAAAUUGUUACAACAGAGUCAAGACAAGGGAACCAACGGGCUUUUCAUUGAAGACCCAAGUCAAACUUUACACCUACUUAUUGACUUCAAAUCAGCUGCUAGUGAUACUUAUCCUUUGAUCAAACAAAAGUUUCAGAGAUUCAUCGAUAACAAUUGGUUAACUUACUAUGAUAACAACCAACAGAAAUGGAUUUUCAGACCAUUAACUGUGGUUUUAACUGGUAAUCAACCUGACCUUACAGGAGAAGAUACUAGAUACUUCACCUUAGAUGGAGAUUUGACCAAAUUGAAAAAUCCCGAUCAACAACAAAUCGAUGAAAUGAAGAAAUACUCCGUGGUGGCUUCAGCUGAUAUGACCAAGUAUUUGGGAACAGGAUUAUUCCAAAUCAGAGAAUUUAGUAGUUCGGAACAGAACCUCCUCUCCACAGGAUUCACUACUGCCACCACCAAUGGUCUCAAAUCCAGACUUUAUGGAGGUGUUACAUGGUUAGGGGCUUUACAAUCCCGUGAAAACCAACAACUCUAUGAAUUGGGUGAAACAUUGAUCAAUAUCGAUGAUGUUACUCAAGCCUCUUUAUACUAA